AUGGCUAUCUCAUCCUACCCAACCCCAGCCGAAGCUGGCAUACUAUGCCUAAUUCUAGCAAACACGGCAAUGUCUAUCUCAGCCGUGAAAGAACUCUUCCGCUCGAUCCUUAGCAUGAUGGGCAUCCACAUCUCGUCGUGGGAUGAGCUCUCAGUCGAGCCCCCUGACCUGAUCGAGUUUCGCCUGAGCCCCUCCGAGUGCUACAUGGACGAGUUCCGGCGCCGGACCCUGGCUUUGGGGAAGGUGAACCGGGUUUUCGCAUAA